AUGGACGACGAUUUCCAAAAUUCUGGUGCAUACCAAUACUUCUUCGGCGAAGCUGUUGAAAUCACCAAGAGAAUCGAGGAAUAUCGCAGAGAACAUGGUAGAAUCGAUGAUUAUCCAGUGCCCGCCGUGCUUGAGAUGUUUGCUAUCGAUGAAAAUAUCGUGGUUCCUAGGGCUAUUCACAUCAAGACAGAGCUGGAGACCAAUACACACUCCAAUGCCGUUUCACACGCUUCCUCAUUCAAUCUCAGGUCUAUUACGUGA